AUGAAUCGGUUUUCCGAUGGGAAGAUCCAUACAUACGUUAAGACUAUGGAUACGGGCGCAGCCUCUAUUAAAGCGGUAGAUAAUAUUACAAUUAAUAUUACAUUUCCGGCUGCAAGUCACUUUCAAUAUGCUAAUCAAUUAGAGCUUAAUGAACAGUUAGAAAUGUAA